AGGAACUACGUGCAGAGAUGCUGGAGAUGAGAGAUGUCUACAUGGAAGAAGAUGUCUAUCAGCUACAGGAGUUAAGGCAACAACUGGAUCAAGCUAGUAAGACUUGUCGUAUCUUACAGUAUCGUUUGCGAAAAGCAGAGCGACGCAGCCUUCGUGUUGCACAGACUGGCCAGGUGGAUGGAGAACUCAUCCACAGCCUUGAACAAGAUGUCAAGGUAGCCAAAGAUGUCUCUGCGCGUCUCCAUAAUGAACUUGAAGCAGUGGAGAAAAAACGGAUUAAACUGGAGGAGGAGAAUGAAGACUUGCGCCAACGGCUCAUUGAGAGUGAUUUGGCUAAGCAAGUGUUACAGAAUGAGAUGGACAAGCUUAGAGAGAAUUCUUUAAAGAAAAGGGGAUCACGUUCUCUAGGGAAGACAGACAAGAAAUCAUCUGUCCAGGAAGACAGUGCAGAUCUCAAAUGUCAACUGCAUUUUGCUAAGGAGGAAUCUGCUCUAAUGUGUAAAAAACUAACCAAGUUAGCAAAAGAGAAUGACAGUAUGAAGGAUGAGCUGACAAAAUACCAGUCCUUGUAUGGGGACCUGGAAAGCUCUCUCUCCAUAGAAGAGCUGGCUGAUUCACCUUACUCCAGAGAAGCUGAGCUAAAGGUCCAUUUGAAACUUGUUGAAGAAGAAGCCAAUAUUCUGAGCCGCAGAAUAGUAGAGCUUGAGGUUGAAAAUCGAGGACUGAGGGCAGAGAUGGAUGACAUGAAGGGGCAGGGAGAUAAAGACCUUUUGGGACAAGAUAUCCAGUUGGCUUUCUCCAUGGCAAACAAUGGAGAUUCUGGGGAGAGUGUGACAGAACUCAGGCGGCACUUGCAGUUUGUGGAAGAAGAGGCAGACCUGUUGAGACGUUCAUUGAUGGAGCUGGAGGAACAGAAUAAGCUCCUCAUGAAUGAGCUCAAUAAGUACAAGUCAGAUCAUGAUCUAGAUAUUACUUUAUCUGAGGACAGCUGUUCUGUGAUCAGCGAGACUUCUCAAGAAGAACUGGCCACUGCCAAGGUCCAAAUCAGUGAGCUUAGUGGCAAAGUUAAGAAGCUACAGUAUGAGAACCGUGUGCUCCUCUCCAACUUGCAACGUUGUGACCUUGCCUCUUGCCAUACCACCCGACCCAUGCUGGAGACAGAUGCUGAGGCUGGUGAUUCUGCCUUGUGCAUCCCAACCUUGCUUUGGAAAGAAAUUCCUAUUGGGGGAGAAAAUGAUGCAAAGGAGAAAGUACCUAGCAAUGGCUUCAGCAAAACUCACGAAAGCAGCCCCAACCAGCUUUCCAAAUUUAAAGACUUUGAGACCCUCCUUGACAUCAGAGAUCAGGCUGCUCUUGUCAGCAAAGCUAUUGAUGUCCUGAUUUCUGAUGCCAAUGGCUUUACCUCUAGCCUCAAACUUUGCAUGGACAAUGACUGUGCACAGCUAGUUUUGAGUGAGGCAAUGGACAAUGAGAAUACUACGGACUCUAAGCUGGUCAAUGCUAUUUUGAUGCGGCUUGGAGUCCUGCAACAGGAGCUAAACACCUUUAUGAAAAAAGUGGACGGUAUUGGUGGCUGCUUGAAAGAUCAGCAGGAUUCCCUACCAGGUUCCAGCUCCCAGGAUUCCACCAAAGAAGCUCUACGAAAAAGUCAUGGUGCUGAAUUCCAGCAGUCUGACUUUAGGGAGGCCCCAGACUGGGAUGUCGGGGAGAGCAGGCCCUCCGAUCUAUAUCGCAGCAACAGCAGCAGCAGCAGCAGCACUGCCACCAUCAAUUCGGAAGCCAACAUGGGACAUGACCGGAGCUACAAGUCAUACCAACGAGAAGAGAAGGAUUCUUACGUGUCUGAGAUCAAGGAACUGCAACUAGUUCUUUCUGAAGCUAAUGAGAGUUUGAGGGGCCUACAGGAACAACUUUCCCAAGAAAGGCAGCUUAGGAAAGAGGAAGCAGAGAACUUCACACAAAAAAUCUGCCAGUUAAAGGAUGAUCACCAGAAGGCCCUCCUGAGAAGAGAAUUUGAGCUGCAGAGCCUGAACCUUCAGAGGAGAUUGGAGCAGAAGUUCUGGAGCCAGGAGAAGAACCUUCUGGUACAAGAAUCCCAACAGUUCAAACAGAAUUUCCUGCUUCUUUUUAUGAAGCUCAAGUGGUUUUUGAAGCAUUGGAGACAGGGGAAAACCUUGCAAAAUGAAGGCAGUGAUUUCUUGGAGGUGAAUAGCAUGAAAGAACUAUAUUUGCUGAUUGAAGAGGAAGAACUGAGCCCACAGCAGCAAGCAGAUAAUAAGACAUACACUGGAGAUCUUUGGUCCCAGAACAUGCCCAAUGAAUAUACCAAGACCUUGUCAGAUAUGAAGGUGAUCUUGAAGGAGCUGUGCACAGAACUACGGGAAGAGAGGAGAGGCAUGAACGAACUGCAGCAACAGUUUGCCAAAGCCAAAGCCACCUGGGAGAUGGAGAGAACUGAACUCAAGAGUCUUAUCACUCAGUUAGAAACUAAGACUGGAAAAGGUCCAGCAGAACGUGCUCUUUCUGAGUGGAAAACUGCUCUGAAGAGGGAAAGGGAAGAGCAUCAGCAUCUCCUAGCUGAAUCAUAUAGUGCUGUUAUGGACCUGACCAAGCAACUUCAAAUCAAUGAGAAGAACUGGGAUCACGAAAAGCUGGAACUCUUGGAUCAUUUUAAGGAUGAACAGCAGCAGGCAGAGCAACAGGUGAAAGAACUGCAGAACAAAAUUAACCAGCUUCAGAAAGGUGCCAACCGAUGGGCCUUAAAAGCCUCUGAAAUGGAGAAGCAUGGUGGUAGCUGGAAAGAGACCCUCAAUGAGAAAAUCACUGACAAAGAGAUGGCUUCUGAAAUUGAUAUCAAAGGAAGUAAUUUAAAAAGGACAAAGUCAGUUUCCUCCAUGUCUGAAUUUGAAAGUUUGCUUGACUGCUCUCCUUAUCUUCCUGGCAAAAGCAGCACUGUGAUCAUAGACAAUGCCCACAGCAGAAAAGUAUCUCCAACUACACAGAAGUUGCCAGAACCUACUGGGAUCACUUUUGAGAACUUUGCUUGUGUGAACAGUAAGCAACCUACACCCAAGAUCCUGGCUUCAGAGAAGCUGGAUGCUUCCCCUUGUGAAUGCAUUCAGACAAAUGACUUACCUACAUUGGAACAGACCCAGAAACAAAUGCAGAGGAGCUAUACAGCUCCAGACAAAACUGGGAUCCGCAUAUACUAUAGCCCACCUGUCGUACGAAGGUUGGAACCUCCUCCAAUGCACAACAGAGAGGAGAAGAUCAUGGUUGAGCCUGGUUUUCUAUUCACAAUGGCUAAGCCCAAGGAAGAGUCAGACAGCUCAGAAAACAUGUAUAGUCGAUGGUUGUGUAACUUUUCCAAGCAGCAUCGGGAAUUACUUGAUGGUAGUGCUGUUAGUGAGAAAGCUGUAGCUCCAGUGUCCAAAUUCCCACCAUCCCUGCAUAACCUUGAAAUUUCUGGCAACAUGAGUGAUGACAUGAAGGAAAUCACCAAUUGUGUUCGUCAAGCUAUUCGUUCCAGUUCCCUUGAAAGAAAGGUUAAGAGCACCUCUAGCCAGACAGUGGGAUUGGCCAAUGUUGGUACCCAGACUAUUCAGACGGUCAGUAUUGGCUUGCAGACAGACAUACCCAGAGGAAGCAUCCACAGUAGUAAGAGCUGGUCACCACGAAGUUCCUCCCUUGUGUCAGUGCGCAGCAAGCAGAUUUCAACAUCUCUGGACAAAGUCCAUUCCAGGAUUGAACGGCCCUGUUGCUCUCCCAAAUAUGGUUCUCCCAAACUCCAAAGAAGAUCAUUAUCUAAGCUGGAUAAUUCCAAGGACCGAAGCUUGUGGAACCUCCAUCAGAGUAAGCAAAAUGGCUCAGCCUGGGCUCGGUCCACCACUACUAGAGACAGUCCAGUUCUAAGCAACAUUAAUGAUGGCUUGUCUAGCUUAUUCAAUGUUGUGGAGCAUUCUGGGAGCACAGAGUCCAUAUGGAAGCCUGGAUGCCAGGAAAGUAAAGCCAAGCCAGAAGCACCAAAAUAUGGUAUAGUGCAAGAGUUUUUCCGGAAUGUGUGUGGUAGAACUCAAAGUCCCACUUUGGUUCCUGACAAGAAAGACCCAGUUGGAGGGGACAACAGUAACAAGAAGCCAGAACCUUCCUCAGCAAUGCUCCAGCUUUUGGAAAACACCUCCAAAAAAACUACAAAGCAGAGCUGCAAUGAGGAACCAAAGCUCUCCAGUCUAAGCCAAGGUGGCAAGGACAGAACCUUAAAGGAGACUGAUGCUGUUUCUGCUACUAUUGCCAACGAGGAUAUUGCUUGUGACUGCAGCUCUCAGUCGUUGACUUCCUGUUUUUCUCGGUCAUCACGUUCAACUGUCCGACAUUCCCCUUCUAAGUGCAAAUUGCAUCCCCUUGAUGGCAGUCGGGUGGAGGAGAAAAUAGGGCCCUCAAGUGAGUGA